AGAGCUCUCCCACGACCGGAAACCCGUUCAAGAGAGAACUCUUCUAGUGUAAGUACUCAAUCAAAAUUGCAUUUUAAGUGUUAACCAACUACCUAGCCCCAUCAACACUUCAAAGAAAAAUAGAGAAAGAUGAAGGAUGUUGUGGAAGCGCUUCGCCGAUUGGAGGACCAGAGUGACCGGUUCUUUUGCGUACAAAAUUACUCUAGCGGCGAAUAUGUGCUCUGGUUCGUUGGUCCGCGCAAGCUGUAUCACUGGUUGUGGGAGGAAGUGGAAGAGGGGUUCUACGUGCUCUCGAAAGUGCCCCCUGGGGGUCUCUCCGUCGACGGGUGCUGUCGCUCAUUGCAUAUUUCGCGAACGCUUUGCACGGGUUCGUUUAAAGUAUUUUUUUAAGUAGUGCAAUUACGUAUGCCGGUGUGACCUCCUACAAUAUGAUUAUACCUAGUCGCGCCAUCAUUUAUUUUCACUUUGCACAAGUCGCAUUCACGUUAAAUACAAACUUUAUGCACCAGACCAAGGAUAUCGACCCAGCUACAACUACAAGUUCGUCGUACAAAAAUAGUGAAGUAUAUCAAGAUCUUCGUCCAUUGGUGCGGCUCUUAUAUCAGUUUUAUUUUCGAUUAUCUCUUUAGAACUGCCUACGGUGGUGUCCUGCUCGGAACAAGGCGAGGCGGAAGCACAUCAGUGGGACCAAAACCUCGCGAGCCUCGUUCCGGUUGAUGAUGUUCUAGCUGCGCGGAAGUUCUUGUCAGCAAUCACCGAACUGGGGCAACGGCUUGAGUAUCCCGUUUUUGUUGCCAUUCCGGGCCAGGAUCGGGCCACUACUGGCACGGAAAUGGAAGGCGGGGAAAAGACGCAUCACGGUCCUCUGACAACAGCAAAUGGAAGCAACCUGGCCUUUUUAGGAAUGCGCACACUGCUCCCUGGAGAAGAAAAUUUGCGCACCGAAGUUUUCCAGCAGGGAUUACACAUUCUGGAAACUUUCGACGUUUCUGCACCUGUGGAACUACGUAAAACUACACCUUUCUGCGCUGUAGUUUUGAUAAAACAACUUGUCAUUCUUGCAGUAUUUUGAAUGCUUUCUGUGAGUGGCAAACGAAAAAGAACGAACCAAUGUUGCUCCACCUUCGUCCCGUGAAAUACCUAUUGCUUUCGCCAAGUCGUCGACCUCAAAGUCAACUCAUGGUAUUUUGAGGUAGUAACAAUUGGCUUCCUAAAUUUUUUUCGAUUUUUCUCAACGCAGUUGACAAUGAGUGCAACCUGCCGGCACUUAUGGGUCCAGCGGAAACAGACGAAGUGGAACUUCGAGUGCGAUUCGAACUGGUCUCACUGCGGCCUUCGCCCGUGGCAAGGUGGUGUCGCGGGCCGUUUUGCAGUCUGGAGGUUACCUACACCGCGCGUCCGCAAGCUAUAGAUACCCUCUUUCCACUGCGGUAUCCUCCAGCAGAAAGCAGUGUAUGAAAUCAACUUGACGUUGAUGAUCAUUUAUUUAUGAAUCUCUGUUCGGGCCACUACCUGCUCAAAACCCUUUCUUUUCUCAAUGAUUCAAUGAGGUGAAGUUUAAGGUAGGGAGGUAUAUUUUCGUGAUGAUUUUUGAUCCUUCAUUUUAUAAUGGAGCUGAGUGGGCUGCGAUGGUGUACUUACGUGGGGACUGUGAUGAUGAUACAAGCUGGCCGCAGAUUCGACUCUUGAAGUAUUUGCUCUCUCGGCAAAACUUAUACGACGAAGAAGUAGAGAGCGGCUCGCCACCGCCAUCUAAGCGCUUGCGUAUUGGGUCCAAGGAUUUCGGUUUUCGCCAGCACUACCGCGAGAAGUAUAAGUUUGCUUCUGGCAGCGCAGCGUCGAGUGGGCCACCGCUAAGUGGAAGAUGCUCCAACAAGGCUGGUGUUGCCUUGAGUAGUAAACUGCAAGAAGGGUCUGGCCCACAGGCACAAGACAGCAGCAAAAUAUGUAUGGGGAACUACGUAGUUCGCGAGCCGCUUUUACCCUUAGAAAUGGAAUCAUUUUUGGCAGCUGCUCCCUAUCAGGAAGAAGACUUCGUUGACCUAUUGUGGGACUUUCUAGCGAGUAAGCUCAUUUUCGCAACUGCAACGAGCGCGGACGAGGUGAAAUCAUCAAUGAGUCGUGUGCAGCAGCGCACCCGCCGCAACAGUCAGUUAGCGCAGAAGCGCAGCAGUACCGGUGGUGAGCCAGGCGUGGCACCUUCGCGUGGUGGUCCUGGUGGAACCGCCGGAAGCCUAGCUGACUCACUUUUGGGCGCGGGAGCACCUGCUUCGACGAAUGAUUCCUUUCUUUUUCCGGCAGAGCCAGAGUCGCCACCGCUUUUUGGGGCAGCCAAUUUCUGGAGGAUGGAAGAUUCACCGCCGGCGCGGGAAAGACAAGAGCAGGAGGAUGUAACUUCAGCACAACCACUGUUUUGUCUCUUAGAUUAUCUGCGCCAAGACUAGUUACCUAGAACUUCUAUGUGAUGCGGCUCCUUAGAUAGUUCAGCUUCAACUAUAACAUGGAGCGACCACAUGACAAGAACAGGAUGAAGACUACCGUUUGCUUCUAAUGCUGGCACCAAAAGUUCUCGCACAGUGACAGCGUGGAACAUAAUUUGAUAUGCAAAAAAAAACAAUAAGGCAUGGCACCGCUUGAACUUACUCGACGAUGCGGAGCGGUGCGGGGCGAUCGUUUCGACUCUGCGCUUGGCACUUAGAGGCGUUUUUCAGCAUCUUGCGAGUGCAGGCAUGCCCUAUAUCCGCAAGAAUAACCACAGCAGUCUCGCAGAGAUGAUAUCCCAGUACCUCAUUUGUUUCACUCGCGAACGCAGAUACGGCAACAGCGGCAACGAAGAUGAUGCGAACUACAUCUCAGAGGUUAGGAUUACUUCUAUCAUGUACAACUUAGUCCUCCGGCUUCGACUCACGGUGCUUGUUGCCUUCAGAUCGAAGUAGACGAUUAGGAAAGUGUGAAGACUCGGUGGAUUAUUUUCAUUCAUUCUUAUUUCAGGUCAAAGUGGUCCAGUCAUCUCAUGAAGAAACUGCUUCACACGACAGGACGAACGUCGCGAAAGAAAGCGACGGUUUUUUGAAGAGCUGCAAUUUUUAGAAAGGGCCAGUCCUGAAAGCGAUUUGACAAUCUUAAGACUUUUCGCUGAUUGUGGUCUAGAGGCCGGGCGAGAAGAAUGCCGCAGAUAUCGACGGAGCCUUGGCUUCGAGACUCCGGACGACAACAUGUCUAACGGGGGUGCUGCGCUUCAGCAUCCGGAAACAUCCGGAACAACCGCGCGCGCAGUCGAAUGUCAUAUGGCACAGAAACUACAACUGGGUGGUUACAGUUAACUUAGAAUAUGCAUUCAAUCAGCACUGAAGUUCAAAGUGGUGGAAAGAGAACGUACAGACGUAACAGAGAUUCUAAGUAGGUGUAGAAGCGACUUCGCCUGGUAGUCGUGAAGUUCCUAUGAUCGCUGUUUCACUCGAAUCUAGUUGAUCAACACCCUUGCUCUGUCCCAUCCCGUCUUCAUAUCGAAGCAGGGAGUUCACCUGCUGACACCAGACAUGCAGUAUUUGAAUUUGAGGUCGCAGUUUCACGUGACGUCGUUGGCGGAGAUGGCCACGCGUGCUGGUCUCCCAUGGGAGGCAGUUUCCCGCCUUGUGCGAAAGGCGUCAACGUACUAUGACGGGUCCCUAGACCGCUGCCGAAGCUUGCCAGUGUUUUCGCUGCCUCUUGGUCGCGUUGUAGGAACCAAGUUAUUCGCCAAGUGUGUGCCAUUCGUGAGGCCAUGUUUUGUGCGUGCGGCGGGACGCAAUCGCGUGCUGCGAUUUGAGCGCACAUUUGAGCAUAGGAGUGACGACGUCGCGAUGUCAGCAGACUCGCACUCUGGAGAUCAACGAGAGCGUUCAUGCUCGUACAGCGUAGUACGUAUUGACAUCCGGAAAUUCGCAGACGAAUCAACAUCCGAGCACGACGGUGGAACAGGACUAGGCGUAGCCUUAAAGCUGGAGUAAACACUACAGCUGACGAUAAGACUAAAUAAAAUCAGAUCGAAAAAUAAAGUUUGCGUGACCACACAGAUUUUGGCUCAUACGGGCGAUUCAAUCUGAAAUGAACACGUAGGUGCGGUUCAUUGUUGUGCGCACCUACAUUUGCAGAAAGCCUGGAGGAU